AGACGCUUGGUUUUUGUGAGUGUGGCGGCGGUUUGGAAAUUGUGUAUUUUUAGGUGUUGAACGAUUUUGUGCCGCCCGUGUUCCUUGGCAAACGCUAGAUUUCUCCCGAUCUCAGUUGAACUGUGGCCAAGAUGGAUAAUAGGCGGAAAAGAACGUCCAUGAUUGUAGCGGCCCCGGCUACUACGACGACAACGAGCAGUAAUAGCGGUCUGGUCGCCGUAGAAACCGACGCAUCGGCACCUACUAAUGAUCCCGUGGCGCCAGUGGAACGCAAGAGACCGGGUCGUAAACCGCUUGCUGCGACCGCACGCAAACCAUCACCUGGCCGUAAGGCCUCACCUGCCCGGAAAGCGUCUCCAGCUCGUAAAGCCUCACCGGCUCGUAAAGCAUCUCCGGCACGCCGUGCUUCACCGGGCCGCAAACCGAAGGCUACCAUAACGGCAACUGGUGUCGCUACCGCACCACCGGCGGUUGUACGCAAACCGACGGUGCUGGCGACGGAACCGAGCGCCAAGGUAUCACCUGAGAGCAAGGAAGAACCACGUCGCUCGUCACGGAUUCGUGCUUCGGAAGAUAAGUCUGAUAAAGCGCUGCUGGGCAUUAAAGGCUCCCCUCCGAUCGACAAGCGGCUUUCGGUGAUCAUUGAUGAUGCAGAAGUGAGCGGUUAUCUGACUGGUAAGGGAUCGCCCCGCAAGAGCGCCACCCCCAAUACUAGCCAGCGAUCGAACGCGACCCCCACGACAACGGAACGCUCGCAGUUGUCCCGUUCGAUGAGUGUACUGCAAGAGUACUCCGACAAUGAGGACGAAAACGAUUUCCAGAGCUUCCGGCGAACGGAUGGUGACAACAAUGGACUCGGUACGCGUACUACCGGGAUGGAUAGCCUUCGCCAGAAGUUAGAACCGGUCGAAUUCGGUGGUCCAUUUACGGCACUAUUGCUUUCCCUUGCCAUUCCGCUUUUCAUAUUUGCCAACAAUCACUUCUGUUCCGGUGCGGCGCACCGUGACUGUCGCUUCGUGGUACCGAAGAACUGGAACGAGUUUCGUUCGCUGUCGACUUACGUUAACCGUGAGAUUUCCACGUUCUACGGGCUCUACCUAUUCGGUGUCGCACUGCUAACGGCCCUUCCGAUCGGGCGUGUGGUUCGGCUAGCGCACGAAACCCGUCCCGAUCGUACCUAUACCUUCAACGGCUUGGUCGUGGCUGUUGGAACUGGAUUGGCUGUAUUUGUGGCUGAAUACUGUUACAAAUUCCCGCUGCUGUCCAUCGUAAGCCGUGGUUACAAUCAGCUGCUGGUGCUCAGCAUUGGUGCCGCUCUUGUGGCAUCCAUUUUGGCUUUCCUUAGAACUCGGUACACUGAACCGCAGCAGAAGAAUCAUUACGCCUUCACCGGUAGCGUGCUGUACGAUCUGUAUGCCGGGCGUGACGUUAACCCGAAGCUACUGAACGUCUUCAAUCUGAAGCUUAUCACCUACCACGCAUCCACUGUGCUAGCUCUCCUCUUCAACGGUAUCAUCCUGUAUCGCAACCUGCACUUUGCCGCUUUGCCCGAGACUCUUGCCGAAGCACCGCUACAGGACCGGCUAUUGUAUGCAGUGCGUAAUGUAUCGGGAGAACCCGUGCCACUUGUUGCUGCUGGCUUAGCCGUUUUGUACCUGCUCGAUCUGUUGAUUUACGAACAUCACUUGGCGGCAUCGUUCGAGCUGCAACAGGAAGGCUACGGUACCCAGUUUCUGCUGCGUCAAGCCGUUUUCCCGUUCAUUCUAACACUGCUUCCGAAGUACGUGGCCGCACACAAGCUAACUGAGGUACCACUGUGGGCACUAGCUCUUUGCGCCAUCAUUGCGCUAACCGGACUCAUCUUGAAGCGAUCUGCCCAGCGGAUAAAAUAUCUCUAUCGUUUGGACCCGCUCGGAAAGAAAGUUGUCGGUCUCGAAACGUACCCAACGUACCAGGGCCGUCGGUUAUUGGUUACCCACGCGUGGCGCUACGUCCGUCAACCCAACUACGUCGGUGAGCUCCUGCAAACUCUGGCCUUGCUGCCCCUGCUGUACUGGCGCUUCGCAGUCCCGCCACUUCUUGCUGCCCUGUUCACCGUGGCCGUUCUGGUGCACCGAGCCAAGCGACUCAGCGCACGCAACAACGCUAUGUACGAUUCACCCUGGAACCGCUACUGUAACACCGUUCCAUAUCUGCUGGUGCCGCGCGUCUUUUAAACUAUGUGCCCCCAUCUCACACGUUUUUCAGGUUUGUACAGAAGCCAAUUCUCCUUAGUUUCCCUUGUGCUUUUAAACACUUUGAAUCCUCUGUUUCAUUCUCUUGCUCCUGUAGUCCCUAUCCUAACAUGCGUGGACAUAUCAUAUGUUAGAUCCCUUUUGCUUUAAUGCGGUCUUACGUCCAUCUUUUUCCAAUAAUUUUGCGUGUGUGAAAACAUUUCUAGGAUUAGUAUUGUUCGCGGUAAACUUUGCGUACUAAAGAAAGGGGGUUCGAAGAUCAGGUAGCUACUGAUAGCAGUAGCUGAACAAUGAUCGUGGUACAAAUCAAACAAGGAAUCACAUGCAUGUCACGUCUUACGUACUCCAGUUCGUUGUGUAGUAAUGAUUUCCUUUUGAAACUGAUGUUCAAACUAAACCGUUUGGUAAUGCCAUAGAGAGACAGAGAAUCACUAUUCCCAGUUGUGCGAUAUAGUAACAGCGAUAUAACCACAACAUGACUGGUCGUAGGGUUGAUGUACAUCUUAAUUGAACAUGUUCAUUGCCCUUUGUCGAAUAUCUAUUUUGCCCACCCUGUCGCCAACAAUUUGCUCUCUGUUUUCGUAUAAAAUAGCGUAUGAGGCCAAUGUGAGGUGACACUCUAUCGCAACACCGGUGAAACACAAUCAACUGAGGCACGUAAUGUAAUGAUUAAAAUGUAAAUUUUUAAUAUAAAGAAGAAAAAAUCAGUUCAACCAGUCAAUGAAGACUGAAACACAGCGCAAGAGAUUAAUUGAACAAAAAUGGUUUUCUUAUAUCGAGAUAAUGAUGAUCGCAACAGCAAAAACAUCCAACUACUACACACCCCGUGUGAACUGUUUGCGGAUGACACGUUAGCUUGUAAGUAGAGACAAAUGAUUAGAGGUUAAGUUUUAAAUAAAACGGAAAAAUAAAAUAAUUUGUCUAAACAACGAUUGGUCUU